AUGAAACAAGGUCUCAACUGGACCAAUCUCCCCCUUAGUCCCAAAGCAAUAAGACGUUCAUUGCGUGUACAAAGCAAGAACCAUUCCAUCAAAACUCAGCCAAAGGCAAGGAGAAAGAUAUUACGAUCUUACGGCAGUUUCGACGUCCCAUUAAACAACUGCAAAUAUAAAUAUCGCGGUUGUAAGGAACGCUUACCCGUAGAUGAACUAAAAACGCAUGAAUCGGAAUGCCAUUUUCGGUGGUACAAAUGCGAGGGGAAAAUAUUUGCCGGCUGGUCUUGUAACUGGAAAGGGUACCACGAGGAUAUCAUGAACCACUUCAAGAAAGAGCAUCGCGAGAGGACCUACAUGAGGGAACAGAAUAUUAUAGAAAUGUCGGUAAUCUUCGACGAAGACUCGUACGAUAUACAAUUAAUUCGAAAGCGAAAGCAACUUUUCUGGUUCAAGCAUCGACUUCUGAGCGAAAGGAAGGAGGCCUAUUGGUUGUGCCAAUACGUGGGACCGCAGAAAGAAGCACUAACUUACUGUUACGAACUGGUUGUGAGUGAUGAAGUACGGAAAUUCGCCGUAACCGAAUUGUGUUACACGGAUGCUUUAGACGCGAAUAAAAUUUACGAAGCCGGAAGGUGUGUCGUCAUGACGUUCGAUCAGAUUAAGAGUUUCAUGACUGGAGAGGGGAAGCUAGCAGAUUUGUAUAGAGAAAAGGCUCCCUGGGCACCUCAUAUGGUGAGUUUUAUUCACUUGGCGAUAAAAUGGAAAAACUCGGAGAAACACCGUGACACAUUGAAGCUUUUUUCACCGAAUGAUUCAUGGAAAACGGAUGGCACUAUUAUUGCUAGGAUAAUCCUAGUGGACGACAAUCAGGACAUUAUCGUCUUCACCUUAGACGACCAAUGCACUAAUCUUUACCAAGGACUCGCGGAAACCCUUCUUCUGAAUUAUAACAACAUAAGAACCUGUUUUUUCGGCGUUCACGAGAAGCACGUUCCUUCCAUAAAAACAUUUCUGCAUCAGAAAAAUCUUGCUAUAGAUUUAGAUGUCCCGACUUAUUUUUAUUGUAUUUCUCCAGAACAAGCAAGCAAAUUUACAUUAGAGUGUCCCCCUGAUGUCUACCUAAAAAAAUUGGAACCUUGUGCAGGCCAACAGGUGGAUGCCACAUGGCCACAUAGAUUUCCAGGUUCGGAUAAAUAUUUAACGAGUUUUAUUGAAGCGAACGGGGGAUAUGGACUUUUCCUGAAAACAACCCAUGAGAUGGUAGCGUGGGUUUUGAAGCAUGCAUGGGGCCAUAUGGCCAUGCUUCAGACCGAAGAAGCACACAAACGGAAAGGAUAUGCUAGUUUAGUAAUUAAAGCCUUAUCUAAGGAGAUAGCAAACGAGGGGCAUUGGCCCCUUGGAACCAUUCUGUUAGAGAACAAAAAAUCAAUCAGCAUGUUUGAAAAAUUGAGGUUUAGCAGUAAUGGUAUUUGUAAUUACGUUGUUGUUGAUACACGUGCUAAUAAAUCAUGUUUGUAAGAAAUCUCACGGAAAUAAAUCGAUAAUAAAUCA